AUGAGGCUCUGGACCUUGGGCACUAGUCUCUUCCUACGGCUUUGGGGGAUAUAUGUGUUUCCAGGAAGUACCGGCUGGCUGGACUUUAUCCAGCAUCUGGGAGUUUGCUGCUUUGUGGCUUUCCUCUCAGUGAGCCUCCUGUCAGCAGCCUUCUGCUGGGUCCUCCCAUCAAUCGCCUCAGUGGGCGUGCUCUCUGCCGUCUGGACCAUCACCUGUAUUUUUCUGUGGCGUUCCAAGCAUGCGCGGUGCUUCGUUCUUCUGGCCUUUCUCUCCUGCGGCCUCCGUGAAGGCAGAAGCGCUUUGAUUGCGGCAGGCACAGGGGUAGUGAUCUUCGGGCACGUGGAAAAUAUGUUUAAUAACUUCAGAGGUCUCCUAGACAGCAUGACUUGCAACCUAAGGGCGAAGAGCUUUUCAAUACAUUUUCCACUUUUAACACGAUAUAGUGAAGCCCUUCGGUGGAUUUAUGGCCUCGCCACUCCGCUGAAUCUGUUUGAUGACCUCGUUUCUUGGAACCAGACUCUAGUGGUCUCCCUUUUCAGUCCCAGCCGCACCCUGGAGGCUCAUAUCAAUGACACUAAAAGAGAAGUCCUGGGUGCCCUGUCGCAUAUGGUAGUCACGACAGAGCUUCUGUCUUCCUUGGGCCAGAAGCUUCUUGCCCUCACCGGGCUCCUGCUCAUUCUAGUCAGCACUGGCCUCUUCAUGAAGCGAUUCCUGGGCCCUUGUGGCUGGAAGUACGAGAACAUCUAUAUCACCAGACAAUUUGUUCAGUUUGAUGAAAAGGAGAGGCUCCAACAGCGGCCCUGUGUGCUCCCUCUGAACAAGGAGGAAAGGAAGAGAUUCAUUUCUGGCUUCCAGUCUUGA